AUGCAGCAGCAGUCUUCCUCCUCCCCCCCCUCCCCCCUCCUCGACCUCCCCUCCGACCUCCCCAGAGUCGAGAUCUUCCCCCGCAAGAAGCAAGGCCAGAAGUCCCUCUCCAAGCGCCAGGGCGUCAGCUUGACCUUGACCGACGUCCAAGGGAUGUUCCAUCUCAGGCAGUCAGAGGCUGCCAAGCUCCUGGUAAGCGCCUCCUCUACCUUGCUCUAUCUCCUUGCAACCAAUCUCACCCGCUUUUCCUCCCAGGGCAUCUCCCUUACCGCCAUGAAGAGUGCAUGCAGAAGAAUUGGGGUGACGCGCUGGCCGUACUCACGUCACCGGCAGUCGCCCGUCACGAUGCAGGACCAGCAUCAUGCUGCUGGAGCGAGCACGGAGGUACCGGCUACCCCCGGCUGGCAGGAGGGAGACGCUUACGGGGAUCAUCUGUCGAGUGCGAGCUCGCCGCAUGCUGGAGCAGACUCAGACGACAUGUCGGACAUGGAGACGAUCUGCUAUGCAGGGGAGGGCGCGAGCCUGUCAUCGUCGAGUAUGGCACAGCCUGUGGAGAUCGGAAAUGAGAGUGGGACCAGAGGCGCUCAAGGAAGGAGCAUCAAGGAGGCAGAGGAUCCUCUAGAGAGGGAGUGGAUCGAGUGGUACAUGAAGACACCAGAUGUAAACAGUGAGAAUCUACUGACCAUGUCACGACUUGGUAAGUUCUGGUGA